AUGAAACUCACCACCUCCCUUUUCGCAGUGGUCGGCGCGCUGGCCGUGCUCACACCUCUCUCCGCCGCCACUUCUAUCGACUCCACCACAACCGACAACCUUGCCAUUCGCAGCAAUGACCUUGAGCCACGGGGAACCGAGGGCAAGUGUCUCGAAAGACACCGCAAACACCACCACAAGAAAGGCAAGAAGAGUAAGAAGGCCAAGCAGCUAUCAGAAGAGCUUCCACAACAUCACAAGCAGAAGACUAGCUCGACAGGUCCCAGCGACGACUUUAGCAUCUCAGCUGUUCAAAAAGCUACACAGGAAUCCAUGAAGGCAGAAGAAGCUGCUUUAGCUAGGAAGACAAAGGCGGAGGCUUUGGGGAAGGCAGCCCUCGAGAGGGCCAGACAGGCUUCGGAGAGUUUGAAAAAUUCCAAGCCCAAGACGACAACCGGUGGCUCGAAAGGUGCAGGUGAUUCGAGCCAAACUCCCGUCAUGUCAAAGCCCUCCACUGGCGGCUCUACUGGCUCUUCCGGUUCUACUGGUAGUACAGGAUUCACCGGUUCUACUGGUUCUACCGGCUCUGCGCCCUCCGGCUUCGCCUCAACCAUUCUCAAACUGCACAACGAUUAUCGUGCCAGACACUCCGCCCCCGCUCUCGUAUGGGACUCUACCGUUGCCUCUGCCUCCGCUUCUUGGGCAGCUGGCUGCAAGUGGGCCCACACGCCCAACAACCCUUACGGCCAGAACAUUGCAGCAGGUACAGCCCCGCAGUUUGGCGCAACAGACUCAGCUACAAUGUGGUAUGACGAGAUCAAGCUGUACAACUUCGUAUCGGGUGUGUAUAGCGAUGCGACGGGACACUUUACUCAAAUGGUCUGGAAGUCGAGUACGAAGCUGGGUUGUGCGAUCAAGGAGUGUAGCGCAAGUCAGAUGGGGUUGGGCAGUAGCGGAACGGCAAGGUAUGUCGUGUGUAAUUAUGAUCCUCCUGGAAAUUACUUGGGGAGAUUUUUGCAGAAUGUGCUCCUCAACUAG